CGACGACGCUUUGGGCCCGGUCAGUCUCGGCCGUCGCGGCGCCUCAAGAUCCACAAGGCUCUACCCAACGUUCCUCGCCCACUUACAUAAACGGAUGCAAAUACAAAUGUUCGUCGCGCAUUAGAGAAAUAAGCAAAUAAUUGUGUCGACCAUCCAUUCGUCCAAACAAAGUUAGUUUUCGUUCUGUUUUAAAGAUGUGAUGCCAUUUAGAAGAUGAGCAAAGUGAAUCCCGUCUCCCGAUCGACUAGUGUUUCAUCAUUGGAUCAGCUUACACAAUCGAAGCAGCGCGGCAAGCAGCGGAAAGUGAGCCGCGUCCGAUUGCCGACGCCGCCGCCGGAUCCAAAUCUGCAGGAGGAUGAGGCGAAGAGCAACAAGGAGGUGCUGGACUACCUUGAGUCCUUACAGAGAUCGCAGCCGCAUCCUGCUCUGUCGCGAUCCACUUCCGCUUUCGCGCCCGCCAUAGCCGCGGAGGAUGCCUUCGACCACCUGGACAAGCUCUACAAGCUCAUGGAGCAGAUGCUGACUCUUCGCGAACAAAAUGUUCUUCUGCACAGGAGGAUCAUGGAUUUGGAGCGGUUCCGCAACAUGCAGGAUAUGAACAGGAAACUCGAUUGUGCAGAGGAAGUGCCCGACUGCGAUCCAGACUCCGAAUUCGCCGAACAUUACCUAUACAAUAUCCUCACCGAAACUAAGAAAGAUCCUAAAGCUAAACCUCCACCUCGCUUCCGCCAAUCCAUCCUCCGCAAAUCGCAACGUGCGCGCACCCAAUCCGCAAGCGAAGAACCUCAACAAACGGAGCGACGAAUAUCCAUCGAUAAGCAAUCAAAAGUGUCCAAAUGGACCAAAGUUAAAGCGGCUUUCAAGUGGGAAAAGGCUUCACCGACAGUGAGCGAUGCGAAGUCGCAGGACAGCGGAUUGGGAAGCAUGCAGCCCGUCAAUUACGAGAUGGCAAGGUACCUUCGGGUGCCAUCAACCUCGGAGGAAUUGGGCACGAGUCCGGCGGAUUCCGGCGCCGCGGAGAUCUCGACCCCCGGAACCCUAUCUUCAGCCUCGUCCACUGAAGACCUGCACCACAGACACCACGUGCGGAGGCGAACUCAAAUCGAAGAUACCUCCGACGAUGAGCCGUUCUUUACUUAUGACAUUCCAAAGGAAGAAACUUCUACUUCGAGCGGCAGGAAAACACACAAAACGCCUUGGGAGAAGAUGAAGGAUAUACUUCAGACGCAGACCAGGAACAGCUUCAAAAAGAAGCACCGGCUCAGCGCGAAAAGCGAUGAUUUUAAGAUCGAUCUGAGCAUAGGUAGUGACAAUGAGGACGUGUUCGAGGAUCCGCCAAAAAGUCCCAGGCUUAUCGUGCAGAGUCCAGAGGAGAUCAGCCUUGAAAACGAAGCUUUAUCACUAGAACACAAUAUUCCAAUUGACAUAAUCGCAAGGUAUCAAGUCUAUACCGAUGAUAAUUCAUCGAAAUGGGAUAAAGUAAAAAAAGCCUUCUUGACACAUACACGAGAUGAUACAAUACCUGCCAUAAGACGAGAGCCAAAUCCAACGAAAGAAAGUGACGAAAAGUUGCACGCUGAAAUCCAAAAGAAUUACAUCGAGCUGCAAAAGAAACUGUCACAAGAGUUUCAGGAGAAACUGCAGGAAUGGGAGAGAAGCAAGCUGAAUUCACCGUGCGCCUCGAUAGGAUCUACGACGCCGCAAAUUCCUCAAGAGGAAACCAAGGAUUUGGCGUUCAAGAAGAAGAUGGAGGAAUGGGAAAAGAUCAAAAGUCAACCGAAGCAUAUGCAGCUACAGAGCGAGGAAAAUUUACCACCAGAAUUCCGAAAAAAGUUGCAGGAGUGGAAAAAGAUUAAAAAGUCUUCGAUAAAAGAAGACAGUGCAGGCAGUAGCGGUUGCGGUGCGAAGAGAAAAUUGUCGGAUUGGCCCAAAUGGAAAUCCAUAAACACGACUCUGGAUGCGCAACAAUUAUCUGAUGAUUUCCUGAAGAAGUACGAGAGUUGGAAGCAGAUAAAGGCAGGCACGACUACACCAACGGAGGAGAUGGAGAGUCGAGGGUCCUUCAAGACUCCAAGUCCGAGGCUGAUGAGGAAGGAGGGUUCAACGAAGAAGAUCAAAGAGCAAACUGGGAAGGAGCUGCAGUGGUUCGAGAAGGAAUUGGGGAAGAUCGAGAGGGAGAAACAACGGUUGGAGAGGGACAGGCAGAAGUUCUUGGAUCGCGAAGAAAGAUUGGCUAAAUUGAGAAGAUCUGUGGGCGGUGGAAAUAAGAAGGAGAUUUUAGUACACACGCCUUCGGGUUUUUACAGAUUUGAAGGGAUCUCGAGGAAGUUCACGCAAAAAUUGUACGAAUGGGAGAAGGCGCAAGGCAUCGGACCAGAGGAGUCUACGUUCGCACUGCUCAAGUCUUCAUGCAUUCCUGACAUCCGUGGAAUGACUUCUGAUUCAAGCUCAAACUUGAUGAGAUCGAAAUCGGCCGACAGCAUAAUGAAUCCGGAAAUGAGUACAGGGUGUCCUCUCAUGAGCCAACAACCCUCCAGCCUCUCAUUAAACGACAUGGAGAACUUGGAAAAGGAUAUUAUCAUAGACGAUAAUCUUUACCUCGAAGAACCGGAAGCCUUAAUAGUCGAAGUGGAGGAUGUCGUAGAAGAAACGGCGUCUUUUUUGGAGAACUACAUGGAGAAGCACAUACCCGUGUACCAGAAGCAAGAAACCUCGAAUAUGUGCGAAGGGGAGACGAAAGCUGCCCCGACAAUACGACGAAGCGAAUCAGCCAGGGCCCAGGCUAAUUAUAACCUGAUCGAAGAAAUAAUAAACUUGCUCAGGGGUCUCAUCGACAACGAAAAGGACAUCGAACACAUCGAGGACGAGAAGAUGAAAACGGAUUCGAUUAUAAUUAUUAAUAGUGAUGAUGAUGUCGACGUAAAAACGCUGAAGGAAAAGCAGACGAAGCAGAGGAAACUGUCCGGAUUGCUUUUGGGGAAGCUGCAGAUGCUGCAGGAGGCCAACAACAGCGUGGCCGUCAAUCUUGCCAAGGAGGAUGACAAGAAUUCUGCGAGACUCGUCGAUGUCAUCGAUACCGUUCAAGAUUUAAGUUCUGAGAUUUACAAUUUGGCGGAAAACAUAGAUAACAGCAUUUACAGACGGUGCAAGAAUCAAUUGGAAUCGGAUAUCAUUAACUCUUCCGCUCAACUCUAUCCGCAGAUUUGCGAGAACCUCGGAGGAUUGAAUAACAAGAUCUUGGAACUGCGACGAAACCUCAGCUAUAUAUGUGCCGCUUCUGAUAUGUCAGUAGCAUCGUGGAGGAAAAAGGUGGAAAGGAAUUCAUUAAAGAGGGUUCCAUCAGUUGAUAGAAAGAGAGUUAUCUUGAGGAGGUCGAAAAGUAAAGAAGAUUCUCCCAGUGAAUUGAGGAAGCAAGUGGAACAAGGAGCUAUCAAGAAGAGGAUCCGUUAUAGACAGAAGGGGAUACACAGCAGGACGCUGGAUGAAAGCGAUGACGACGAAGAAGAAAUCCCAAGGAAACCGAACAAACCUCGACGGAUUCGUUCUCAGAAUUCUACGGAGAGCAACAAGAGCAUACAGGAAACCAAGUUGGAAACGAGAGUAGAGGAGAAAGAGCUUAGCCCUGUUUUGGUAGAUCCUGUUGUUGCUGAAAAAGUGAUUGUACCAACGAAAACGACAAACUUCCUAAACUUCGAAGAACCCUCGCAGAUUAAUGAAACACAAGAUUCUCCAGUUACUCUAUUCGUAAAGACAACCAGAAAGUUGUUUACUCCUAUAAUAGCUACUCAAAUAACAACCCCUCCAAAUACUCCAACUACGUGCAAGAAGCAAGAUUCGAUUCUAGAGAAUCAGGUGAGAAAUCUACCGCCGUUACCAGCAUCUCCAACGCCGCAGCGUAAAAAUAAGGAGAUAUCCCCGAAUAUACGCUUGAUGAUGGUUAAGUACAAUCAGAAGAUUGCCGACGAUGUGCCUAGAUCUGGAGGUAGCAGUGGUUCCGCUUCGCCUGUGGCUUGGCGCUCUCCAGUUCUUGAAAGAAGAGUUAAAGCGCAAACAGAGAAAUACCAGCAGGAUUUGCAGAAAAUGUCUCCGCUUUUGGGUGGUAGACGGGAGGUGCAGAAAAGUGCGAGCAUGGGUUUGAUGGUUUCCGGUAACAAGCAAGUGACGAUACAUAGCAACAUGGGAACACCUGAAAACUCUCCGAAGCCUACUACCAAGGGUAUUCUGAAGUCCUCAAGCACAAGCGUCAUCCACGCUAAGAAACCGGAAACGAACUUCACGCCUCUGCCGGAAAUCACCGAGAAGCGGAACGUUAAUCUGCACUUGAACAUCUCACAAUCCGUAUGCGAGCUGUGCGACGAGCGAAGCAUGAAACUGAAGAAGGCCAAGGAGGAGUUCCUGAAUUCGCCGCCUCCAUCGGCUCCCGUUCUCCUGAGGACGAGUCCCAUCAAGUAUCCGGCCAAGAACCGUUUGAGCCAGAUCAGCGUGGGUAGCGAGUCAAGCUGCACGUCCUCCGCCUACGAAGGAGUCCUCAUCAAGUCCGCGAGUGCUGGAAUGAUCAACAUCGCGCCGGACGCCUACAAGCAGUUCGAUCCAGAGGUUCACGCGGACGGAUACGUAUCCCUGCCAAGAGCAGCAAAGAAGUCGAAGGAAAGUUUACUAUCGAACAUAACGUCUAAAUUUAGAAAAGUUAAAAUGAGAAGACAUAAGGAAGCGAAUCGAAUGGUCGCCGUUCCGACGCUCUGCAGACAAAGUCUGGUCGUCGAUAUCAGCGCCAGCCAGGAAACACUGAACGAAGCCCAAAGCCGUCUCUCUCUUCCGGGCGUCGACUCCAGAGGAACGUCUUCCGGCGAGACGUCACCCACGUCCUCGCGCACCGGAAGUUGGAUCAAAAAACUCAAGCCUAAACCCUAAACGCGCUUAACUAACACACUAGUGGAUCCGGUGUUUUCAUAGACACCAAUGUUUAACCGUACCAAUUAUCAUAGCAACAUAAUAAUAAUAAACCCAUGAAAACACCAAACCACAAUUUAAAAACACACACAAAACAAAAAU